UAGACACCACAACAACACAAAAAGACACAAAAAGACACAAAAAGACACAAAAGUGACAAAACUCGAUGAAAUUGUGCGGUCGAGCGCUAGGACGGACUUGAGGCGAAGAGGAAACUAGUGAAAACCGCCCGCUUUAAGAGAUUACGGCUUACGUAUGGCGGUACUCAUGGAUCCGCCCUGUCCACCCCUGUCACCCGCCUCCUCUUCGUCGUCGUCGUCGUCCUCCGCCUCCUCUUUGGACGUACGUGUGAUACUCACGGAAUUGAACCCAUCCGAAUCCACAGUCUCCCAGCCCGUUGAGCUCGAGGAAUCCACCCAAGACCAAGCCCAUAUCGGCUCCGGCCUUUUGCAAGUCAACCCCGACCCUCAUGACGCCUCCUCCCAAUGCCGUUGUCCGGUGUGCGGCCAGCAAUUUCAGAGUGCGCCUCAACUCUACGGUCAUUGGCGGAAACACGCCCAAGCUAGUGACUUGGUGCUCGAGUGCUGCACUCAGACCUUCAAACAGCUCAAACUCUACCUGGCCCACAUUCAGGACCGACACGCCUCCCACCUUCCAGAGCCGAUCAACUGCCCGCAUUGUCCAUGGAACACGGAUAGGGCCUUCAAGUUGCGCGAUCAUCUUCAGCGGAUCCACGAGAAAAAGAAAGACCAUCCUUGUCAGUAUUGCUCCCAGGCUUUUUUCAAGGCCAGCGAUCUCAAGACUCACGUUCAGCUUCACCUGGGAUUCAAGCGGUUUACCUGCGAGGUCUGCCAAAAACAAUUCGCCCAUGGGUCGAAUUUCAAGCGGCAUCGUCUGACCCACACGCAGAUCCGACCCUUGGUGUGCGCCAUUUGUGGCUCAAGAUUCCGCCAACACGCGGGAUUGCGGGCCCACUUUUGGAACAUUCACCAUCACCCACGUUCCGGCUUCGCUUGUCCUCUUUGUCCCGUGGUCGUGGUGACCCUGGACUCGUUGAAACGCCACGGUCGAGCUCAACAUGAAAUGUCUCCCGAGCAAUUAGCCUCCAUGGUGGCUCAAGCCAAGGCUCAAGAAGGCCGCCGAAAAUCGCUCGACGACCCAAUGGAAGCCACCCGAAAGUUUCAUUGCUACGUUUGUGGUCAAACUUUCCCGCGGCAAGUUCUCUUGCAAGAUCAUGUGGCUCAAGAUCACAGCUCUGAUUUCAAGUGUCAAAAGUGUGGCAAAAGUGAAGACUCUCAAGAGGCCCUCUUGAGUCACACGUGCACGUCCCGCAAAUCCACGCGGGUCCGUCCCAAACCCCGCUCUUCUAAGUCAAGGCCAAUGGCCCCACUUACUGUCAAACCCUCGCCAGCUGACCCCGUCCCACCGUCUAAACCUGUUGAGGAAUUCAACGCCAUGUCUGAGGUUCAGUAUAUGGUCAUCCAUACCCUGUCAGAAGAGAUGGCCGUGUCUCUCGUCGACUUGGCCGACGUGCCUUCGUCGUUGAACGAACGACCUUCAGACAACCGUCUUGAUGUCGCUCCAUCUCGACUUGUGAACGAUCCCCAUAACAUAGAGUCCUCGGAGUUGGAACCACCGGAAGUCGAUUCAUCUGACUUUCGUCAGCUCCCAGCUUGCCCCGCCCAAUCUGAUACCAAGAACAAAGUUACUUCAGUUUCAAGCGACACCAGUCAGAAGAGCAAGUUUUGCUGUCCGGAUUGCGCCAAGGUCUUUUCUCGCAAGGACAGUCUAAAGCAACAUCUUUCGAGUCAUCACCCGUUGAAUGGGAUCAACUGUCGUGUGUGCGAUCAGGUCUUUGCUUGGCGAUCCACUCUUCAUCGUCAUCUGUGGAACGCCCAUGGGCUCUUGCCCUCGAGAAGCCAGCUCAAACAGAGCUCUUUGAAAUGCGCUCAAUGCACCCUGAAGUUCAGGACAGAGGCCCAACUACAGAUUCAUGUCCGUCGCGAUCAUGUGAAAGAACGUCAGCAUCAUUGCACUCAGUGCUCGAAGACGUUCUUCAAGAAAAGCGAUCUCAAAACCCACCUUCGCGUCCAUACCAAUGACCGACCCUACGCCUGUGAUCAGUGUUCUAAAUCCUUUAGUCACAUAUCUGCAUAUCAUCGGCACAGAAAGAAACUACAUGCAACAUGAAUCAAAUCCGAUGGGAGAGGAGUAGCUUUAUUGAUCAACCUAUCAUGAUGAAACGGAAGGGUUUGAAAUGCAUCUAAGGAAGGUUCUGCGUCGCUCAAUUGUACAUGCGCAGACAGGCUCAUUUACACCCACAUAUAACAGGACCAAUAAAUAUAUGUAUAUUCUAGAUAUAUUCAUUUAUAAAUAAAUAAAUGUGUCCGGAUCGCA